UUCCGCUGGUGCUUUAAUUAAUAAUUGGAAGGGGGCAGAGCGCUGAUCGCGGAGCCGCCGGUCCGGUACCGAAGGGAACGGCGCACUUUUCUAAGCGGCUCUCAGCGCCGAAGUUGUGCCGGUUGGUACGGAUCUGAAGCACCUAAUGGAUUUAACUUAAAUUAAAUAUCAAGUUGUCCCUCGUUAGUGCUUUUGCCGCUGGCUCCAUGCAUUAAGACAUUUGCGACCUCUCGAAGUCCUCUGACACAAUGACAACUCCAGAAGAGCGUGCCUUGGCUGGAUGCUGGAACACAGAACAUCACUCCACUGAGAGGUGACCCCCAGAUCUUCUCGAACCUGAGUAUGUCUGGAUGCUACAAUGAAUCUGAACCGCAGCACCACAGAGACCAGUAUAUUCUCAUCUAGCAGUUCCUCUACGAUGGGGCUUUACCAAGAGACUAUCGUCCCAAAGGGAGACCCAUGGCUGACGCAUCAAAACGUGGAUGAAAAUUACUCUUUCUACAGAGAGAAAGACAACCUGACAGGCUUGUACAAUGCAACUGUCACGCCCACCGUCGCAUACGACCCUCUGGGGGGUCACACUCUUUGGCAGGUCAUCCUAAUUGUCCUCUUCACUGGGCUCUUGUCUUUAGUGACCAUCAUUGGCAACAUCCUUGUGCUGCUGUCAUUUAAGGUCAACAAGCAACUGAAGACAGUAAAUAAUUACUAUCUCCUCAGCCUUGCGUUUGCCGAUCUCAUCAUCGGCGUCAUUUCGAUGAACCUCUACACCACUUAUCUCAUCAUGGAUCAGUGGGCGUUAGGCAAUUGGGCAUGCGACUUGUGGCUCGCAAUUGACUACGUAGCCAGCAACGCCUCAGUCAUGAACUUGCUGGUGAUCAGCUUUGACAGGUACUUCUCUGUAACGCGACCGCUUACGUAUCGCGCCAAAAGAACGACCAAGAGGGCCGUGGCGAUGAUCGUCCUGGCCUGGUCCAUCUCGUUCAUGCUCUGGGCACCUGCCAUCUUGUUCUGGCAGUACUUUGUCGGAGAGCGGACUGUCCCCACUGGCAAGUGCUACAUCCAGUUCCUCUCCGAGCCCAUCAUCACCUUCUGCACAGCCAUGGCGGCCUUCUACUUGCCGGUCACUAUCAUGACUGUGCUCUACUGGCGGAUCUACAAGGAGACAGAGAAUCGCUCCAAGGAGCUGGCGGGCCUGCGGGGCUCGGGCAACCAGGGUGAAAAGGCGAGCGUAGCCCAUCAGACGGGGAGCUCCAGAAGCUGCAGCAGCUAUGAGCUGAGCCGGCCGACCAAGAAGGGCUCGGUCAAGAGGAUUAUGGGACGCUUCCGCCUCUGGCCUGCACCAAAGCCCGGGAGUGAGGGGGAGCAGGAUCAAAGCAGCAGUGACAGCUGGAACAACAACGAUGCGGCAAUGUCCAUGGACCAAUCCGACUCGGAUGAGGAGGAGAUUCCCGAGAGCCGUGCCAUCUACUCCAUCGUUCUCAAUCUGCCUGGCAUGAAGGCAGCCAUGACCUCACAGCUCAUGUCACCAGAAGAGCUCCAGGUGUCUGACAAAGUCCCUCCCAAAGGAAAGGCAGGGAGCCAGCAGGGUUCCCCGACCAAGGAUGGGGGCAACCAGGAAGACAACGGCUACCACCAGCGCUUCUCAAAACCACAGGGACAGUCCGUGUCCUCAGCAGAAACAGCUAAAGCAGAGCCCACGUCCCUUGCCGCCAAGUCCCCGGCGGUACCCCUCUCCUUCAAGGAUGCUGCCCUGGCCAAGCGGUUCGCCUCCAAAGCAAGGAUGCAGAUCUCCAAGCGUAAGAAGAUGUCCCUCGUCAAGGAGAAGAAGGCAGCGCAGACCUUGAGCGCCAUCUUGUUUGCUUUCAUUAUCACAUGGACGCCCUAUAACAUCAUGGUGCUGGUGAACACCUUCUGCAACGACUGCAUCCCCGAGGCACUGUGGGCGUUGGGCUACUGGCUCUGCUACGUCAACAGCACAGUCAACCCCAUGUGCUACGCACUGUGCAAUAAGACCUUCCGGACCACGUUCAGGAUGAUCCUGCUCUGCCGGUGGGACAACAGAAGGCAGAACAAGCAGCAGUUCCAGCAGUGGCAGUCCGUCGCCUUGCGGAACAAGUUGCCGGGGAAUGCCUAAUGACGGUACCCCGACAGUGUACCGGCAAGUAGGACUCUGUGAGACUUCCCUACAUCCGUUGUCGGGACACCACAGGAAGGAAAAAAAAAACCCUUCGCUGCGGUUGCUGAAUUCCUGUUUCUGUAGGAGAUCACGCUGGAGGGGAUCAAUAUGGAGCUUAUAUAUUUUUACAGCAAAAGGGCUUUGAGUUACAACGAUAUGGGAUUGUCAUUAUUUCACAGUAAAACGGUAACUUUCAUUUGCCCCAGUAUUGAUGUACUGUGGUCUCCUUACGCACAGCGUGUCAAAUGAACAGAAAUGUAACUAUUUAAAAAAAAAAAAAACAGUAUUAUUAAGUAUUGUUGACAGGAUCCAGUUUUUGGAAACUACCUUUUAUUGUCUCCCAGUAUUACCCACAUGACCUGAGUGUGUGGGUACGACGCCUGAAGCCUGCAGCUUUAUGUUUUGCCAGUAUCAUUGUCGAUCCGUUUUUGUAUUUGGAUUUUCUGUGAAGCGCUCAUCUUGCAGAUGCAGUGAUUGUGGUGGUCUCUCUUGUGACUUCCAGUAAGACAACGUUGUGAACGCAGAGUUGAUGUAAAAGCUGCUUAAUUAUUCUGUAUGAGAUGUUAUUUGCAUUCUAGGCAAGUUGAAAUACUUUGAUUGGUGUUUAUGUAAAUACAGUUUUAUGUUUCUACUGUAUCAAUGAUAGUGGUACAUUAUUUCAGUAUGACUUGACGGACUUAUACUGAUUAUUAUCGAAUAAUUUGGCAAAAUUACAGAACAAAACAUUUUUAUUGCUUUUUAAAAAUUCUAACAAGAUAUGACUGUUGUACACUAUGUAUCUGUCACCAAAGCCUUCUAGAUAUCCUCCUCAUAAUCAUUUUUUAUAUUGCCAUAUUACAUUGUCAGACCUGAGGCCGAAAUAAUAAUCAGGACAACAGUGACCCCUGGUGGAGAAAUGUUUGUCUAACAGUUUGUCUAAAUGCUUUCUCGUCAGUGCUACCUACCAGUAUGUGAAGACCGGACGUCACCAGCAUACACACAGAACCAGGAUGAGCAGGCACUUGUAAUGCUUGUUGCCAUGUUUCUACCAUAUCAAAAUAUAUGAAAUCCUCUGGUUUUUGGACAAGUUUAGGUCAAUCCCAAUAAAGGAAAUCCCAAUAAAAUUUGUUAACUAUUACGUAAUGUAAUGCAAGACUUCCAUCUUGUUUCUGCUUAACAGUAUUGUAACAGUAACUACUACAAUACUACUACAGUAACUACUUAACAGUAGUUCCCAUAUAACACUAAAAUACUUUAAACCAUCUACCACAUCUUUGCAUACAGGCUAUAAUUAUACAUAUAGAUCUAUUUCAUUCCAAAGCUGCCAUUAACUCAGAUUAUGUGCUUGAUUGCACUCAUUUUCACAAAAUCCAGUUUAAGCUCUAAUAGUCUGAUUGGUAUCAUUUACAUUGGUUUCCAGAAAGAGGAAAUGAGUGCAGACAAGCCAGAUCCCCAGGAAUUCUGCCGUUUUGUGCAUUUCAUAUAAUAUACCAGCCCUGUGCAAAGCAGUAAUACUCUGAGUGUGAAUAGCAGGAUUCUCCCAGAGUCAGUACAGUCAGUAUGCAGCAGUAUGUGGGUAGCAUUUAAGGACCUGGUUCACAUCUCAGGAGCAACUCAGUCCUGCUUCUGUAUCCUUUACAGAGGCACUCAACCUAAAUGUAAUGCUUCAGUAGAAUACCAAGCAAAAUUAUCUGUUCAUCGAACACAAGAAGAAUAAAACACAACAGGAUGUGGAGAGCAAAUUAAAAGGCAAAUGUGAUUGUGUACAGAACUAACGCUCUGUUUUGUGAGGCAGGAAUCCCUCAUCUGCUGUGUGGUGUUUACUUGCACCUCUGUUUUGGUAUAAACAUACAGUACCAGUCGAACGUCUGGACACACCUACUGAGAAUCAUUUGUCUUUCAACAAGAUAAUGACCCGAAAUCCACCUGGAGGUUAUGUGGUAUGUAUUAUCUCAUGAACAAUGAGUUGGAGUGCUGUGACUGAUGACCAGGCUCCAAGAAGUCCCAGACCUAAACCCUAUAGAGCUGGUUUGGGGUGAGUCGCUCGAAGAGUAAGAGCAGGUGGAAACUCCUUCCGGACUGUUGGAGAAACAUUCCAGGUGGCUACAUUUGGAUGCUGGUUCAAAGAAUGCCAAGGUUCUGCAACGCUGUCAUCGAAGUAACAGGGAGCUAUUUUGAAGUGUGUAAAAUUUGAGAAAAUUUUGAAAUGUUGAGCAGUUCUUUUGGUCAUGCCGAUUUGUGUUACUCAAUUGCCAUACUGCCUCUUACCAUAAGGUGAAUAGCAGGCAACAUAGGAAGAGGUGCAUUAAAAGCAGGUGUCCAGACUUUUGACUGGCACUGUAAGCGGAAUGUUACAUGGCCUUUUUGCACAGCGUGUCACUUCGAAUUUAACUGCAACCUUUUUCUUUCCUGAGAGAAAUAAAAUACAAGGUGUCUAAUUCUGGAGGUUGAUCGUCUUCGUGUGAAAUGUAUCGGAAGUAAACAGUUUCAUGUAAAUUAAUAGAGAGCCAGACACAAGUUAAUUACAUGCAAAAUAGGGAUGGUGAGCCAAGAUGAUCUCCUUUAAGAGCCAUUUACAUUUUUAAUUGUUCUCAAUGGAGACAGAACUGGGAUUACCAGAAUAAACACCUAGCGAACAUGGUUUAACAUUCAACAAUAGCUGGAUUGACGCUCCAACAAUAAUAAACAUGAGCUCGAUUUUUUUUGUGCAUUCUUAGACAAUCGAGGGUUGCAGCAGUACAACAUCUUAGCAAGCAUGAGGCGUACUGUGGGGUGCACACACUCACACCUGCACGCAAACACACUAAAAGGCAGUGCAGAGGUGUCAUUUCUUCCUGGGGGGGGCAGCAGAGGUGAAAAACGUGCAAACGUGAGGACGCAAGCUCCCCCACAUAGAUAGCUGAGGCUGGAUUCAGACUCACGAUCCCAGAGGUGUGAGGCAACCUGAGGAUUUACACUGCAUGCUAAAUGUAUUUCCAUGUAUCCCGAUAUUAUGCGUAAUAAGCCUUAUUUAAUUUUCUAAAAAAAAAGGGCAUCUUUUAAAUUCAGUGAUGGUGUAAAAAUGAUUUUUUAGAUCUUCUGACAGAAACCUCCAUCACUGAGUUAGGUUCAUCUAUAUCUAACCCUUCCAAAGCUCAUGUUAUUUACUACCACAGGAAAUGUAGAAAUAAUUGUUUUCAAUAUUGACAGGUCUUUCAGUCCUCAAUAAAACUGACCUUUUAAAGGACAAAUGUGUUUCAUAUCUAAAUUCUGUGUCUUAUAGAGCAGAAAGAAAGAUCAAUGUCCAGAAGGUUCAAAUUCCCAAUUUCAUUGAUUUAUUUAAACCACUUUCAUGUUAAGGACUUGUGUUUUAAGUCUAUUUAUUGUAUUUUGUUUUGUUGUUGUUCUACAACU